CACAAACGCCAUCCAUCGAGAGCCACAAAGGGGAAUCAGAGGUGAUGGCGUCCGUCUCCAUGAACCGACUGCUGCGCGGCGUAGCGGCUCUGAAUGUGUCUGCUACGCGUGCGAGUCUAGUGCGCGCGGCUAGCUCUCAGGCGGCAACGAUGCCGGCCAACCUGUCGCUGGCUGAGGAGAAGCCGAUGCCACCGCCGCGUGUGAUCCCAGCUGCUCAGGAGGUCAAGGUGACUCCGUCGGGCGACCUGGAGCUGGAGAUGCUGUCGCUGGCCGAGGACACGCAGGAGUUGGGCACCGUUACUAUGAACGGCGAGGUGUUCGGUGCGCCCGACCGCGUGGAUAUCCUGCAGCGUGUGGUGCGCUGGCAAUUGGCGUGCCGUCGCGCCGGUACCAACAAGACCAAGACGCGCUCCGAGGUGAGCGGCUCCACGCGCAAGCCGUGGAAGCAGAAAGGUUCCGGACGCGCUCGUGUCGGCGACAUCCGUGCGCCGCAGUGGCGUGGAGGCUACCGCGUACACGGCCCCGUGCUGCGCGACUUUUCGUACAGCCUACCCAAGAAGGUGCGUGCCAUGGGUCUGCGCGUGGCACUGUCUACUAAACUCCGUGAGGGCAAGCUAGCCGUCGUGGACUCUCUGGACGUCGAUAUUACCAAGACGAAGGAUAUGAAGAAGCUGCUGGGUGGCCGUGGCUGGGACCACGCACUAUUCGUGGGCGGCGAGGAGGUGGAGUCGAGCUUCGUGCUGGCUACGCGCAACAUCCCACACGUGGACACACUCCCGCAGAACAAGAUCAACGUAUACUCGAUCCUGCAGAAGGACUUGCUGAUCAUCACGAAGGACGCCGUGAAGUAUCUCGAGGAGCGUCUUCACGUCGACUAGAGCAGUAGCAAUGGCUCGAUGGGUGGCACGUACAGACAGUCAGGAGGGCGAACAACGAGGGAGGUGCUCCAAACCAAGUUACAGAUAGAGCAUGACCGAGUUUGGAAGGCACUGGAGGCAAUGCACUCGUGGUCUGCCCUGUUUUUU